UGCGAUCGUUUCUCACUGUAAGACUCCUUUUCCUCGUUUGGCUAUUUCGUCGAGCAUCUGGCGCUUACAAUCUCACAAGAUGCGAUGCGCUGUACUUUCAUAAUGCACCGCUAUCUCUUAGAGGCUCUUCUGAAGCUGAUGCACUAUGCUCUUAGAACUGUGGGUGGAAUCCUGAUUUUCUUCUGUAGCUUGACUUGCGCGUCAAAAUUACGCACUUGUUUUGCUCAAUUUUGCAACUCUAUCCCAUGUGAAUCAGUUUGUGUGUCAACUUCCUCUGAACCUGUACAGUCGUUUAUCAUAAUGUGAACAUCCUAGGUUGCUUUUCAAGUUCACUAUCGAUUUGCCCCGAUUUCUGUAAAUUAACUUGGGUUUGGUGCAUUUCAUUCUGAUUCAAUAUGGCCAAUGGUCCAGCACCUUACUCUGAGAUUGGAAAAAGGGCAAGAGACCUUUUAUACAAGGAUUACAACUUUGAUCACAAGUUUACCCUAUCGAUUCCCAACUCCACUGGAUUGGGGCUUGUAGCAACAGGAUUGAAGAAGGAUCAACUUUUUGUGGGUGACAUAAGUACACUUUACAAGAGUGGAAAUACUACAGUUGAUGUGAAAGUUGAUACAUACUCUAAUGUAUCUACAAAAGUAACUGUGAAUGAUAUCUUGCAUAGUACAAAAGCAACUUUGAGCUUCAACAUACCUGAUCAUAAGUCUGGAAAGCUGGAUGUGCAGUACCUUCAUCCUCAUGCAGCCAUUGAUUCUAGUAUUGGUUUGAAUCCAUCCCCUCUAUUGGAGCUUUCAGCUGCAAUUGGAAGCAAAGAUCUUUGUCUGGGUGGUGAAGUUGGAUUUAAUACAACUUCUGCUUCAUUCACAAAAUAUAAUGCUGGAGUUGCCUUCAAUAAAUCAGAUUUCUCUGCGUCCCUUAUGCUGGCUGAUAAAGGACAAACCCUGAAGGCGUCUUACAUUCAUUAUGUUGAUCGCCCAGAUGGAUUUACAGUAGCUGCUGAAAUCUCCCACAGGUUUUCUUCCUAUGAGAACAGAUUUACAAUUGGGAGCUCACAAUUAAUAGAUCCAAAGACUGUUUUAAAGACUCGGUUCAGUGAUGAUGGCAAAGCUGCCUUCCAAUGCCAACGAGCAUGGAGGCCCAAUUCACUUGUUACCCUGUCUGCUGAAUAUGACUCCACGAAGAUCUUUAGUUCAUCCACCAAGUUCGGUCUUGCUCUUUCUCUCAAGCCUUAACAUGGCCUGCCUAUUGACUCUUAUUUGGUGGCUUCAACUUUUAUCAUUAUAUCAUUUUACAUUGUUUCGAAAACCCAUGGUGGGUUGUUUUAAGCCCUAUCAUAUCAUAAGGUAAAACAAAGGAACUAGAAAUAUUUGUGAAAUCUUCUAAAGCGGCACCGGGAAGGACCCAGUUUUGAAAUACUUGCAUAAAUGGCUAGAGGGUUUUGUAGCUGAUUUAUGAUACUACAGUUCAGGAUCUAGCAUAUGAUUUUGGGGUUAAAUUCUAUUUUGAUAUAUUGACUCGUGGUCAGGUGGGUUGUGGAUGCCUGAUCUCUCAUUUCAUAAUUUUUUUUCGCCGUAGUAUACUGUUAACUUCUCAUAUGGCACAAAUUUUAUCGUUCUAUUUCACCAGCUCCUCAUUCAAUAAUGGACCAGUAUUCGGAGAACUUCCUUUGGUUUAUCCCGAGCAAUUGAAUGAUUACAAAUUAGAUUUUUAA